UGGUGGCUUAUGCGAUGCUACUUGUCCUCCUGGCUGAUGUGUAGAAGGUUCUGGUCCAGAUUGGUAUGGGUUUCGUGGAGGCUUUGUAGCAGGUUCUGGUCCACAGGUUCUGGUCCAGUUGGGUAUCGGUGUCGUGGAGGUUGUGAUGAUGGAGCUUCUGGCACUGAUGGAGGCUUAUGCGAUGCUACUUGUCCUCCUGGCUGCUGUGUAGAGGGUUCUGGUCCAGAUUGGUAUGGGUUUCGUGGAGGCUUUGUAGACGCUUCAGGUUCAGAUUGGCAUGAGUGUUUUGGUUUUUUAGUUGUUUGUUCUUUCUGA